AUGUCUUGCCGCUCCUACCGAGCCAGCUCUGGUCGCCGUGUGGGCAACUUCAGCUCUUGCUCAGCAAUGGCCCCGCAGAACCUGAACAGGUUCCGAGCCAGCUCCGUCUCCUGCAGGAGUGGGUCUAGCUUCCGAGGCCUUGGCAGUUUUGGUAGUCGGAGUGUCAUCACCUAUGGAUCAUGCUCACCCCGGAUAGCAGCUGUAGGCUCUCGUCCCAUCCACUGUGGAGUUGGCUUUGGUGCUGGUGGUGGGUGUGGUGCUGGUCUAGGGUUUGGAGCCAGCAGUUGCCUUGGCUAUGGCUUUGGUGGCCCUGGCUUUGGCUACAGAGUUGGAGGAAUUGGAGUCCCAGCAGCCCCAUCUAUCACAGCAGUGACUGUUAACCAGAGCCUGCUAACCCCUCUCAACCUGGAGAUUGACCCCAAUGCUCAGAGGGUGAAGCGAGAUGAGAAGGAGCAAAUCAAGACCCUCAACAACAAAUUUGCUUCCUUCAUUGACAAGGUGCGGUUCUUGGAACAGCAGAAUAAGCUUCUAGAGACCAAGUGGAACUUCCUCCAAGAGCAGAAGUGUGCCAAGAGCAACCUGGAGCCCCUCUUUGAGAGCUACAUCACUAACCUGCGGAGGCAGCUGGAUGCAGCCAGCAGCGACCGGGCCCGUCUGGAGGCUGAGAGGAACAACAUGCAGGAUGUCCUUGAAGGUUUCAAGAAGAAGUACGAAGAAGAGGUGGAAUUCCGGGCCAACGCUGAGAAUGAGUUUGUGACUCUGAAGAAGGAUGUGGACUCAAAUUUCUUACAUAAAUCUGAUCUAGAGGCCAACGUGGAAACCCUAGCUCAGGAAAUUGACUUCCUGAAAACUCUAUACAUGGAGGAAAUCCAGCUGCUGCAGUCACACAUCUCAGAGACCUCGGUCAUUGUGAAGAUGGACAACAGCCGGGACCUGGACUUGGAUGGAAUCAUCACCGAAAUCAAGGCCCAAUAUGAAGAGGUUGCCAGGCGCAGUCGGGCUGAUGCUGAGGCCUGGUACCAGACCAAGUAUGAGGAGAUGCGGGUGACAGCUGGCCAACACUGUGACAACCUGCGCAACACACGGAAUGAGAUCAAUGAGCUGACCCGCAUGAUCCAGAGGCUGAAGACAGAGAUCGAGCACGCCAAGACUCAGCGGGCCAAGCUGGAGGCCGCAGUGGCUGAGGCGGAGCAGCGGGGUGAGGCAGCCCUCAAAGAUGCCAAAUGCAAGCUGGCAGAUCUGGAGGGCGCCCUGCAGCAGGCCAAGCAGGACAUGGCCAGGCAGCUGCGCGAGUACCAGGAACUGAUGAACGUCAAGCUGGGCCUGGACAUUGAGAUCGCCACCUACAGGCGCCUGCUGGAGGGCGAGGAGAUCCGGAUCUGCGAAGGUGUUGGACCAGUAAACAUAUCCGUGAGCAGCUCCCGCGGUGGCCUGGUGUGUGGGCCUGAGCCCCUGGUCUCCAGCUCUACCCUCUCCCGCGGCAGAGUCACCUUCUCUGGCAGCAGCAUCCGUUCUGGUGGCGUCUGUGGCUCCAGUCUGGGUGGGGCCCAGGUCAUCAUGGGCAGCGGGGACCUGCUCAGCACAGGCUCCCGGGGAGGCUCGGUGCUGAUGAGAGAGUCCUGCACCCCCUGCCCCCCCAGCAUCCCCUGCCCGCUGCCCACCGAAGGCGGCUUCAGCAGCUGCAGUGGGGGCCGCAGCAGCCGAGGUUCCAGCGUCCGCUUUGUGUCCACCACCACCACCUCCCGCCGGACCAAGUACUGA